GGUAAACAGAAGGCGAAGAAGAAACUGAACCAACCUAACAGAAUCAGUCAGUACAGGCAAAAUGGCAUCAGACACACAGUCCAAACUCCAGCUGGUUCACGCACACAUUCGAGCUUUUCCAGACUUUCCGAAGAAGGGUAUCCUGUUCAGAGACAUCUGUCCCAUCCUGAAGGAUCCAGCUGCUUUGAAAGCAGUCAUCGACCUGUUCGAAGAACAUGUGAGGAAGAAUUAUUGUCAUGUUGACCUGAUUGUAGGCUUAGAUGCUCGUGGGUUCUUGUUCGGACCACUCCUCGCUCAGCGUUUAGGUGUGGGCUUUGUCCUGGUUCGAAAGAAAGGAAAACUGCCUGGAGCCACUGUGUCUGUAGCAUAUGAUCUGGAGUAUGGAAAGGCAGAGGCAGAGAUCCAGGAGGAUGCAGUGAUUCCAGGACAGAAGGUUCUACUCAUCGAUGACCUCUUGGCUACUGGAGGAACUCUGUUUGCAGCGUAUGAGCUGAUGAAGAAGCAGCAGGCAGAAGUUCUGGGCUCCCUGGUAGUAGUUGAACUUAAAGAGCUGAACGGCAUCGACAAACUCCGACCUCUCAGUGUAUUCUCACUGGUCCAGUACUGAAGACACAGUACAAACUUGGAUACCAUGGUUCUUAAAAUAUUUUAUAUUUUUUUUAAAACAUAUUGCAUGUUGGGAUCACUCUGCAUGUGUGUGCCUGAAUACGUCUCAUGUAUAAGACUGACUGAGCAUAUAUAUUAUUUGCACUGUAUGGCAUCUCUUUUACACACCUCAGCUACCACUUGUGACAGUGAUGAAAUAUUUCUGUUUCAGUGCAGUACAUGUUUGUCAUGUGACUAAGAGCUAGUUAGCCACUAGGUAACAAACAAGCCAAAUAAAAAACUAUUCAACAAACA